AUGCAUCACCCCACUCUCCUUGCCGCUGGCGCUGCCGUUCUAUCGGCUUUACCCGGCGCCCACGCUGGCAUGUACCCAAAAAGCUCUGCUGUGCUCCAAGUUGAUGCCAAAAACUACGACAGUUUGAUUGCCAAAUCCAACUACACAUCGAUUGUCGAGUUUUAUGCCCCCUGGUGUGGUCAUUGCCAGAACCUCAAGCCAGCCUACGAAAAGGCUGCCAAGAACCUUAAUGGUCUGGCCAAGGUUGCUGCCGUCGAUUGCGACGAGGAUGCCAACAAGCCUCUCUGCGGUCAGAUGGGCGUGCAAGGCUUCCCUACCCUCAAAAUUGUGAGGCCUGGCAAGAAGCCCGGUAAGCCCGUUGUCGAGGAUUACCAGGGUCCCCGUACCGCCACCGGCAUCGUCGAGGCUGUCGUCGACAAGAUCACCAACCACGUCAAGCGCGUUACCGACAAGGAUCUCGACUCCUUCCUCGAGGGUGACAAGCCCAAGGCAAUCCUCUUCACGGAGAAGGGCACCACUAGCGCCCUGCUCCGCAGUGUCGCCAUCGACUUCCUCGACGCUGUCACGGUUGGUCAGGUUCGCAGCAAGGAGGCAAAGGCUGUCGAGAAAUUCAGAGUCAAGUCUUUCCCCGCCCUGGUGCUACUGCCCGGCGGGGACAAGGAACCUAUUGUCUACGAUGGAGAACUAAAGAAGGAUGGGCUGGUAUCGUUCAUUUCCCAGGUCGCCUCGCCCAACCCCGACCCCGCGCCCAAGGCCGACAAGAAGAAGGCCGACAAGAAGGCCGACAAGAAGUCUGAGAAGAAGAGCAAGCCGGCGUCCGAAAAGUCGACCACCAGCACUGCCACCGAGCAGGAGUCCACUCCCGAGCCCGAAGCCGCCGAGACUCCGUCUUCAGAGCAAGCCGCCCCUGUCCUCAACGUUAUUCCUCCGUUGCCCAUUGCCAACACGCCUGGGAGGCUCCUGUCAGAGUGCCUCAACACCAAGUCCCACACCUGCGUCCUGGCUUUCGUGCCUUCCAAGGAAAACGAAAAGGCCGAGAAGGCGCUUACCAGUCUGUCAGAGAUCGCCCACAAGCACGGCCAAGCCAAGCGCAAGCUGUUCCCCUUCUUCUCUGUCCCCGACGAGAACCCGGCCGCGGCCACUGUGCUCAAGAGCCUUGGCCUUACUAGCGAGGUUGAGAUCAUCGCUGUCAACGCACGCCGGAACUGGUGGAGACACUACGAGGGCGACUUUGAGGUGGCGAGCGUCGAGGGCUGGAUUGAUGCUAUCCGUCUUGGUGAAGGGGCGAAGAAGCAGUUGCCUGAAGGUUUGGUAGCUCAGGAGAUCGAACCCGAGUCUUCAGAGAGCAGUGCGACCGCCUCUACCGCAGCCACUGGCCCUACCGCCGAGCCCGAGACGGAGGCGCCCAAGGAGGCACCAUCUGAAGCCCCCGCGUCGCAUGAUGAGUUGUAA